UCCUCCGGUUCAUUUUCAUCGAGUCUCAAGCGUCGUUUUACAUGGUCAUGGCUUCUUCUUCUUCAUCUUAUCUCGCUGCGUUUCCUUGUUUGAAUCCUUCUUCGCCUCUCACUCCUUCAAGAUUCUCACAAACUCUAAAUUCUCCUUUCCUCUCUUCCCCUUGUUCUGUUUUGAACCUAAAACACGCAUCUUCGCUGCUUCUUAAAUCGAGGAUUCGAAUCUCCUCCUCUCGUCGCGUCCCGACAAAAACACUCGUUGUUUUGUCUGCCCAGACUAGUCUCCUGAAAGUUCUUAGAACCGCAUGGAAUAUUGGGAAAGAUGGAAUCGAAGCAGGAACCAACCUAGUUCCUGUUUCUGUGCCUAGACCUGUUGCUAGGAUCUCAGUGACAAUUGCAGCAUUGGCGGUUUCAUUGUUUGUUCUCAAGUCGUUUCUAUCAACUGCUUUCUUUGUAGUGGGGACAAUGGGAUUUGCAUAUUUCUUAUUCAUAGCCUUGAACAAAGAUGAAGCUCCUAAACAGAGAGGUGGAGAAGAUAAUAUUUCUGGUUCCAAAACAAUGGAUGAUCCACUUGAAGAAGCAAAGAAAAUUAUGGACAAGUACAAGUAAGGAGCUUAUUAGUUUUUUUUUUUCUUUUCUCAUAUGAGAUCUCCAAUGUAUACGGAUAAAACACUUUGGCAGUGUUGGAUAAUGGAUAUGUGGUUUGAUGUUAAAGAUAAAACUUGUAAUAGAGAUCAAGAGAAAAUUCACAAAACAAUAUAUAAAUCAAACUUCGAGAGUGAAA